CCAUGAACUUGAAAAUAGUGACCGAUAGCGAUACUGAGAGAGAGCGAAGAGCGUUUCCGUCGGGAUCAUCUGAAAACAUGGAGCAUAAACCAGGUAAAGAUGUGAGAUCUCGAAUGGAGAGCUCGGAGGAAGCGAAAAGAAGUAUUUUCAAGGAAGUGGCUCCGUACUCUGCAAACUUUUUGGAUCCAUUUUCCAUCACACAGACUCUUACAAAGUUUGAAAAAAUUAAGGUUGUAUUGCUAUCAGUGACACUUUUCCCCAUACGAGUGAUUCUGAUGUCUCUCCUCUUGGUCUGCGACUGGAUAAUAGGCUCUGUUAUUUUAUACGGAAUGCCGAAGGAUCAAGCUCUGGGUACAGAGCCCUUGGUUGGAUGGCGCAGGAACUGGGGUAAACGGAUCAUCGAGGAAAUGUCCCGUGCCGUGUUCUUCGUAGGCGGCUGGUAUUGGGUGCCACACAAGGGCCGUCGUGCCACGCCGGAGGAGGCACCCAUCCUACUCGCCAUGCCCCAUUCUUCUUUCUUCGACACGGCGGUCGUCACAUCCCUGAGGUGCCCGGGACUCGUCAUGAAGGACUCGGCAGAGAAAGUGCCGAUUUACGGAGGCCUAUUGCGAUUCACCCAGCCCCUGUACGUAAAGAGCGACGAUCCAGAUUCAAGGCGAAAGAUAGCAGAAGAAAUCCGGAGACGAGUAUGGUCCGGCAAGAACUAUCAACAAUUGCUGCUCUUCCCAGAGGGAGGGUGCGGCAACCGGAAAGCACUCCUGCAGUUCAAACUGGGAGGCUUUUCUCCUGGAGUACCAGUGCAGCCAGUAUUUAUUAGAUAUAAGAACAAACUGGACACAAUCACAUGGGCGUGGAAUGGCCCUGGAGCGUUUAAACAAGUUUGGCUUACUUUGAGUCAAUUCCGUAUUUAUUGUGAAUUAGAAUUUCUUCCAAUUUAUAAACCAUCGGAAUUGGAGAGAAAAAACCCCAGAGUAUUUGCAACAAAUGUUCAAAAUUAUGUAGCCCACUGUACAGGAAUUUCGACAUCUCGCUUCAACUUAGAGGACGGCAGGUUCUUACAGGUGGCCAGAGAAAAUCAUUUACCACCAACAGCACCUUUCAUAAAGUUCCUUCGCCUGAGGCACAAGCUGGGGAACGAUUCUCUGAGUCCGUCAGAAGAGCUCGAUCGAUUGGAAAGCAACAACAAUCAGCUUGAAAAGUUCCUCGGAAACGUGGAAUCGUUUGCCAAACACCUUGGUCAGGAAAGAUGUUCGGAAGCACUGAAGGAGUUCUUUUCAAUAAUUGAUCAACAAAAUUAUGGGUAUGUAGAUGUACGUGCCUACGACGCAGCUUUGUGUUUACUGAGAACCGAGCUGUCGACAAAGGAAAGGUUAAAUUUAGCCUUUCAGGCUUUAGGAUCUCGAGUGGAAAACUUGCCCAUCAUUCUACUGUUAUGGAAAGGAAUUCCAUAUAACUUAUCGAAUCAGAAAUCGCUUAGAGGUUUUGCUGCCGAGGAACUUGAAAAAGGUAAUUUUGAACUACCUUUUGGAAGAAAUCACAAGCAAGAAUGAAGAGUUAAAAGAAAUGGCGGAUUUCUGCAUGAAGUAUUGUAUAUACCGAA